AUAGAAGGAACAAUUAGUGAAGAAGAAAUAUAUUAUCAAAAUCUAAUCAAUGAAAUGCCUAAAAGACCUAACAACUGGCGAUUGAAUAUGAAAACAUUUGCAGAACGACUUUCUUUUAUUUUUAAGAAAAAUUUAUAUUCUGAUAUUAAAUUUGAAAUAAACUAUGAAAAUGAAUCGAUUGUGGUUUUGAAUGGACACAAAUUCAUUUUUGCUUUAGUAAGUCCUGUUUUCUAUACGAUGUUUUACGGGCCUCUUCUGAUGGAUAGCAAAAUGGUCAUCAAAGAUGUUUCUCCAAGAGCAUUUCAGAACAUGCUAACGUACAUUUACACCAAUAAAGUUUCCAUGGAUAAUAUCAACGAUGCUAUUAAUAUCUAUUAUUCUUCGAAGAAAUACAUAUUUUAUAAAUUGGAAAAAGAAUGUGACGAAUUUAUUAGCAGCAAACUCGAUGACAAAAAUGUUUUUUACAUUUUUGAAUUUUCGAUUGCUAUGAAGUUGAAAAAAUUACAAGAAAAAUGCAAAGAAAUUAUGAACCAGAAUCCUGAAGUUUAUCUUAGAUCACAGCAGUUUUUGACCUUGAAUCUGGAAUCUAUAAUAAUAAUAAUACAUGAAUGGUUUUUAACAAGUAAUAUUUCUAAAGAGUUGCUCGCUAACAAAUUAGCAGAAUGGGCUGCAACUGAAUGUAACGUAACAGAAGUUCACGUUACAAUAGAGAAUUUAAAGAAUCUUCUGCAACCUGUUCUAGAUGGAAUUGACUCUGAAACUUUAGAAUGGGAUACUCCACCAAGAAUGAAAAACAUGAUGAGAGGAGUAUAA